GUUCAGGCAGGGAAGAUUAGCCUUACGUGCUAAUAUUUGUGUGUUAUCCUCUGUUCAGGCAGGGAAGAUUAGCCUUACGUGCUAGUAUUUGUGUGUUAUCCUCUGUUGAUCAGAGAAGUUUUAGUGUUUUUUGUCUUAACAAGCGUAUCAAGCCUCUGUUGAUCAGAGAAGUUUUAGUGUUUUUGAUUGUGUGGUAACAAACAGAUUUACCAAAAAUGUUUAAGAAGAAUGCUAGUCUGAUCCCCACAACUAAAAAAGGUGGUCUUGCGACUCCUUCAUGGUCUGAUAGUGAAUUCAAAUCACUGUUAGGAGUGCAGAUGGACCUAAUAGUAACUGAGAAAGUUAGACAAGAACUAACUCAUAAGUAUAAGAUCCAUCCUGACAAGACUUGGUCUGUAGAUGAGUGCAAAAAGAUAUUAGGAGCAUGCAUUCGUAAGAAAAAUGUGAAAGGCAUUAUCUGCUGUCAUAGAGAAUUUGGUUUAACGCUAAGUACACAACAGUCUCAGCGUAUCUCAGAGCUAGAGGAACAGAUCCAGGAGCUCUGUGCUAGGGUAUCCUCUUUGACGAAGAAACUGAACCGCAACCAAGCAUUAGCAAGAACUGAUGUAGAUAAAGUUAGUCAGUCUGAUAACAACUAUCCUGACUUACAAGCUUUCUUUGACACAGAUGUAGCCAGUCAGUCAGUAACUGAUGUGCCUGUAGAUUCAGUGAAUGUAUGUGGUGCUAGAAAGAGAUCUCAGGGAAUUGACAGAAUUGCAAGUGUUACUCCCAACUCUUCUGUUGUCGAAGUCCAAACUGUUGCUAAACCAAUAGGACCUAAGGAUAUAGAGAGACUAUCCCAGAGCUUACCCUCAGCACGCACUAAUUUUUCUGAAUUUAGAAGAGCUUUGAUCAGUAAAAUGCGUCUCUACAACAUGUCAUUAGAAGAAGUCACACAGCUGAUGUCACAAAUUCUAACUGAGUCUGAAUUCAACCGUUUUGAGUCUGCUGUUACGUCUGAACUACAACAUGCCAGUAAAAGUGAUGUGAGAGAGGGUGUCUUGAAAAUUCUUAAGAACAUCAUGGGACCCAAGGUAGACUGGUCCAGGAUUACUAACUGUGUGCAGAAGAAAGAAGAAUCUGUAAAUGAAUACACUGAACGGUUUUGUCAGUCAGCUGUAACUUACAGUGGCAUAGUUGAGGAUUCUGAAAGUGUGCUUGAUGAUAAGGGACCCCUAGUCCGCAUCUGGUCAGAUGGCCUUAUAGCCGAGUAUAGAAAAGCAUUGCCAUUCCUAGAUCUAACUUGGUCUACCAUGACUCUCAGAAGUAAUCUCGACAGGUUAGCUGCAAUCUGAAAGGGAUGCUGAUGUUAAGGCAAAGGUGAAAGUCGCAGCAGCUUCGUUUAGCACAACAGAUCAAGACAAUAGAUGGCCUAAAAGAGAAAGCAAAUGUAACUACUGUGGAAAACUAGGACAUUGGGAGAAAAGGUGUCGGAAGAAGUUGCAAGAUGGUAGAAGAAAUACUAUGUGUAAUGAGGUGGAACUGGAGGGUGCGAUCUGGUUGGGGCAUGGUAAUUUCAUUAACCUGAUUGCUUAAUUGUUGCAGCCAGCACGCGUAUAUAGGACCCGGUUGUGGUUGCGUGUGUGACUGAUUUGUAAGCGUGACGUGACUCUCCGUGCGCCAGUAUCUCCUUUUCCGGAAGUUGUGGCUAUAUCCAACGCUGCAGUGGAUCGCGACUUGGAGUGUCCCGGACCGACGUGAGCCAGACCAUCAACGGGAUACUAAGUCACUACAAUUGCUGCUGUUUUGCCCGGAUGUUUUAUGUUUUGUUUCAUGUUUUAAUUGGUUUUAAGUAUUAAUGUGUUUUAUUGAUUGAAUGUAAAUUGGGGGGGUGUCGUUGGGAAGGCUUGGUGCUGGGCGGUGAGGAUCCGUGUCGGGCGAUACCGCGCUGCGUGGUCGCGUUGCUUUCUUUUAGCCCACCCCUUGGGUGGAUGUACGUGCGUCAUGUACUGCGGGACCCCUCAGAGUGUUUGACUGUACGCCUCCCAUUCCCCUCCCGAUAACAGCUCCCUGGUUUGGGUUUUCUCUUUUGUCGUGUGAUUGGAGUGUUUUAAACAUGAUUUGAUUUGUAUUAUUUGUGCUGUGAUUUUGGUUUCUUUGUGUUUUUAUUUGGAGUGUGAAUAGCCAACAGCCUAAUAAAGGGAGUGUUUAUGGUC